GGAGCGCGCGCAGAUCCGCCCUCCAGACGCCAUUUCUCGGACGGUGUGGGGAGCCGAAGUAGCUUUCACACCAACAUAGAGAAAGAAAAUACAAGGAUAAACAGAACUCUUAUCGGUCACCCUAUCGCGCUGUGAAGUCGUGCGUAAUAAAGGAGACCUGCGUGUGAAACGGGAAACUUUCUUGUUGUGAGAUUUUUCACUAUUCACUUCAGUUCGUUUUGUGUGAAGACGUGUUGCGGGCCGCCAUUUUUGUUACAGCCUUCGAAGUCUGUUGGGAGUCUAAAUAAGAGGCAAAACUCCUCCGUGCUUUGUGUAACCCAGGGACGAGGACGCAUCUACCAUAUGUCGCCUAAAAUCGUCACGUAGAGCGAUUUAUUAUCAUAAUAUGGCGAUAUUUUUAGCAUCUUGAGCGGACGGUCACUAGAGACGGCUAGCUGGCUAACGCGCUAUAUUGUUUCAUAAGCUGCAGCUAGCACGGAAGAGAGAAAAGAAAGGGGAACUUUAACUUUAAAUUCGUGUUUUAUGUCAUUGAAGCUGACUUUUUAGUUGUUUAACCGAUUCUAGACCUGCCUUGGUUCUUGUGUCGGCGGAAAAUUUUAGCGAUGCAUCAAAGUUGGUUGACGCCAGUCGCAGCCUGUCUGGUGAGACGUCAGGUUGCAGUUCAGUAAAACAAUUUGCCUUGGAUUUGACAAGUUCAAAAAGCUUUGCCAGCUUGUAGAAUAAUUUAUAUAUAUUCGACGAAUUAAUUUAUAACUCGUUUAUUUACUUUGAAUCUUUAUUUCUUAUUAGUGCGGGUAUAUUUAUUGCAAAACAAGCAUGUCGUCUGCACGGUUCGACUCCUCGGACCGAGCCAGCUGGUAUUUCGGCCAGGUUUCGAGACAGGAGGCGCAGAAUAGAUUACAGGGACAGAGACAUGGGAUGUUUUUGGUUCGAGAUUCGUCAACCUGUCCUGGUGAUUUUGUUCUGUCGGUGUCCGAAAACUCAAAAGUGUCUCACUAUAUCAUUAACUCUUUGCCAAGCAAGAGAUUUAAGAUAGGCGAUCAAGAGUUUGAUAAUCUACCUGCCCUUUUGGAGUUUUAUAAAAUACAUUAUCUGGAUACGACCACCUUGAUAGAGCCUGCAUCAAGGUACUCCAGUACUUCUCUGAACAGUGGUCCUAUUCAAUCGGCCGGGGGACUCGGAGAUGAGAACCUGGAGUAUGUGCGGACUCUUUAUGACUUCACUGGUAGCGAUGCAGAAGACCUUCCCUUCAAGAAGGGUGAAAUCCUGAUUAUUCUGGACAAACCCGAAGAGCAAUGGUGGAGUGCCAAGAACAAAGAAGGCAGAGCCGGGAUGAUUCCUGUUCCCUAUGUAGAAAAGCUGGUAAGGGGUUCGCCUCACCCUGGUCAUUCGGUCCAUGGUUCACGCAAUUCGAAUAGCUAUGGUAUCCCUGAGCCAGCACACGCCUAUGCCCAGCCUCAGACUCCAUCGCCUCUUCCGCCCGUCACACCCGGCGCUGUCAUCAACCCGCUGCCUUCCAUGCAGAAUGGACCAGUAAUGGCAAAGGCUAUCCAGAAAAGGGUACCCUGUGCAUAUGACAAGACUGCUCUGGCACUAGAGGUGGGAGACAUUGUGAAAGUGACUAGGAUGAACAUCAGCGGUCAGUGGGAAGGUGAAGUAAACGGACGGAGAGGUUUAUUUCCCUUCACCCAUGUGAAAAUAUUGGACCCCCAAAAUCCAGAUGAGAGUGAAUGAUCUGGGCCUUGCUCUGUCCACACCCUGCCGACUUGCUGGCUGUCCCAUCAAGUCACCAUCGGUAAUGCGCUUGCCUGCCUUGGGACUCGAGCAAACCAUUUGUGCGGCUUCUGACUGUUUACAGCUCCGAAAUCAGUGGGUUCUGAAUCCCCUCACCCGGUUACAGGAGAAUCAGUAUUUUUGUGUCUGCCCUUAUUGUUCUUUUAUUUUAAUGCCAUCAGUACCUGUGCCGACGUGAGAUGAGCCCCAAAUCGUUUUCUGCCUUCAGCUUUGACUUUUGCAGGCUAAAUAUGUUUAUGUUAAAGGGAAGUGGAAUUCCUCAGAGGGUCUGGAACUGUAGAUUGUACCCUCUGGUUUAAUUGCCAACUGUUUACCUGUUUGGUAACAUACAUUAUUCACAUUUUUUUUUGUCUUGUGGCAGUUGAGCAUAAUCCAGUAAUAGUGGUCUGAAACUUGGUAACAGUCCUGGAUCUGAAUAGGGGUAGAGUAUUUCAGUGACGGGUUCUUAGACUAGAAACAACUACAUCACUUCUGACUUUAAAAAACAGAUUUGCAGGUCUUUUCUCAAUGAGUAGAACAUGUGGCUCUAGUCUACUGUAGCCUUUUAUUUGUGCUAUAAUAACUUGAAGUCUGUAAAUUGCAGUUAUAGUGUAGCUAGAUGGUUGUGGCUAGACUAUUGCAGGAUUUAACUUUUAAAUGGUAAAGGGCUUGUCUGUGGAGCAUUUUGCAUCCAGAUGUGAAGCCUUUAUGAUGUGAGAGGGUUAAAUGGAAAACAAACCCCCUUCUGUACCAUUGGACAAGCUGGAAAUAUCCCCUGUGCUAUCAUGAGCUGAUCUCUUGAGAACUGGAUUUAGUGUCUGACUCUACCCCAUCUUUGUGUCAUACUCAUGACAGUAAAGUCUGGGUUUCUCUAUUUCUUGACAGUUACUUGUACAUCACAAGGUCUCUAUUAUGAAGAUACAUAUAUUCAGUAAAGAAUUACACACACAAAAGACCAACUUUUAGUUUUUUCCAUCCAUUUCUUUAUUUUUUAUUUUUGCCAGCUGUUAAAUCAAAGCAUUUACUGUGUGUUUAAAUAAAACGGUGUGAAAUCUUUGAAUGGAGGUGACAUUUUCUAAAAAGGGAUGUAAAAAAACCUGCUGGUGGCCUAUGUGCAUGACCUCCUGGCCAAGAGGUUAUUUCCUCUUAGGUUAAAUGCUGCUUCAUGACGUCUUUUUGCCUGUUGAUUUUCCUUUGAAUUAAUUCCUCUGUUGUGUGGUUUCCUUCUCCAGCAUCAAAUAAGAUUAAACAUUCAUGUUAAGCAAUAGACCAACCCUUAUAUUUUAGAUUUAAUCAAAUAAUUUAAGGUGUACUUUAUUUUGUAAGGCUUUAACAGUAUUACCGUGUUAUUGUUUCACAUUGCGAAAUAUCCAUGUGCUCUCAUUGGUCCAAAAUGAAACUUUGUGCCUUUUAUUUUCUUACAUCAUUUACAUGUGUUAAUAAUAUUUCCCAUGGUUAACACCCGUGCUGGUAUUACCCAUACCCGUGUACAGAACGAGUAAAUAAAAUUUAUGUCUACUUCUCUGUG